AUGGUACAAAAUGAUUGCAAUACAAAUAAACAAAGUACAUGGUCAUGGAAUGUUGUUAAAAAUCAUAAGCCAAAUCAGAAUGAAAGCACACAACGUGGACAAAACUCUGGGCAAAAUAGUCACAAUGGACUAGCCAAGACAGAUAAUCCGCAAUAUUCUGUUUUAGUUGAUGAAAGUGACGAUGAGAUUUUAACAUAUUAUCUCAAAGUCAAUUACCUAAGCGGAAUAAAAAUCAAUCUGAACCACCCAGACACACCAUCAGGCCCAAUGAAGACAAAAGACGUAACUAUUCUGCGCCUAGAAAACAACAAGCAGACAACGACCGAAAUAACAACAACAACGAGCGAGCCCAAGAUUCUCGCAGAUCUCCGCGAGUCCGC